AUGGCUGCUCCGCAAAAGGUCAUCGUCGUCGGCGGUGGAUUGUCCGGCCUGAGUGCUGCCCACACAGUCUACCUAAACGGCGGCAACGUAUUAGUUCUUGACAAGCAGAGUUUCUUCGGUGGCAACUCCACGAAAGCGACAUCCGGAAUCAACGGUGCCCUUACGAGAACACAAGUCGAACUGGGCAUUGGCGAUAGCGUAAAACAAUUCUACGAAGAUACCCUGAAAUCUGCCAGAGACAAGGCUCGCCCCGACCUAAUCAAAGUUCUCACAUACAAGUCCGCUUCGGCUGUUGAAUGGCUUCAAGAUGUUUUUGAUCUCGACUUAACCCUUGUUUCCCGUCUUGGCGGUCACUCGUUCCCUCGUACUCACCGUGGCCACGAUGCCAAAUUCCCGGGGAUGGCAAUCACAUAUGCCCUUAUGCAAAAGUUGGAAGAGCUUACAGAAAAGGAGCCAAACCGUGUGCAAGUGUUGAAGAAGGCCAGAGUGACUGGAAUUAACCGAGAGGGUAACAAGGUCACUGGCGUUACCUACGAAUACAAUGGUGAAAUGCACAGCGCCGAUGGUGUUGUUGUGUUGGCCACCGGUGGGUAUGCCGCAGACUUCACGGAAAAUUCUCUUUUGAAGAAAUGGCGUCCGGACACUUUCAACCUCUCCAGCACAAACGGUGUUCAUGCCACUGGUGACGGACAAAAGAUGUUGAUGGCCAUCGGCGCCAAUGACAUCGAUAUGGACAAAGUUCAGGUUCACCCAACUGGUCUCGUCGAUCCCAAAGAUCCUACUUCCAAAUGGAAGUUCUUAGCUGCUGAAGCUCUUCGUGGUGAGGGUGGUCUUCUCCUCAACAAGGAUGGUCAGCGAUUCGCCGACGAGCUUGGUCACCGUGAUUAUGUCUCUGGAGAGAUGUGGAAGGAGAAGGAGAAGGGCAAAUGGCCCAUCAGGCUUGUGCUCAAUAGCAAAGCUUCCAAUGUCUUGGACUUCCAUACCCGCCAUUAUUCUGGCCGCGGUUUGAUGAAGAAGAUGACCGGGAAGGAACUUGCCCAAGAGAUCGGCUGUGGUGAAGCCGCGUUGAAGAAGACCUUUGAUGACUACAACCAGAUUGCGGACGGCAAGAAGAAGGAUCCUUUCGGCAAGAAAUAUUUCCAUAACUUGCCGUUCUCCACCGACGACACAUUCCACGUUGCCGUGAUGGAGCCUGUUCUUCAUUUCACCAUGGGCGGUAUCGAGAUCAAUGACAAGGCUCAAGUUCUGAACAAGGAGGGCAAGCCUUUCGAUGGCUUGUUUGUCUGUGGUGAGCUUGCAGGUGGCGUCCAUGGCUCUAACCGUCUCGGUGGCUCUUCUCUACUCGGCUGUGUCGUUUAUGGUCGCGUUGCUGGUGACUCUGCUAGCGAGUAUCUCUUCCAACAAGUGCUUUCGAACCCUAGCGCAACCGCACAGAACCGAUUGAACCAAAUUUCUCUUCACAUUGACCCUUCGCAGCCCGGCAAGAUCUCGGUUGAAUGGACCGCUCCGGGUGAAAACAAGGGCCAAGCACAAAUCUCGGCCCCCAAGGCCGAUACUUCCGCAACCCCAGCGCCUGCCCCAGCAUCCACGCCCGCCGCCGCUGCAGCCGUCCCAGGCGCUCCAGCCGCAGACGUGUCGGACUUCAAAGUUCCAGAGAAAGAAUUUACGAUGGAAGAAGUUGCCAAGCACAACAAGAAAGAUGAUCUGUGGAUUGUCGUCAAGGGCGUCGUAAUGGAUGUCACCAACUGGCUUGAUGAGCAUCCUGGUGGUGCCCAGGCCUUGUUUAGCCACAUGGGUAGAGAUGCUACGGAAGAAUUCGAGAUGCUCCACGACGACGAAGUCAUUCCCAAGUAUGCUUCUCAAAUCGUUAUCGGACGUGUCAAGGGACAGACCCCAAGCCUAAAGUUCUAG